AUGAAUCGCUGGAUCGGAAAGGUGGCUGUAGUGACCGGUGCCAGUUCUGGCAUCGGAGCAACUAUUGCCAAGGAACUUGCACUGGCUGGAAUGAUUGUCGUCGGAAUGGCGCGAAGGGUUCAGCUUAUUGAAGCCUUGAAAGAAGAUCUACCGGCGGGAGCUGCUGCUAGAUUGUACGCAAUUCGGUGUGAUGUCACCAAAGAAACGGACAUCCUGGAAGCUUUUGAUUACAUUGAGAGGAAAUUCGGGGGUGUUGACGUGAUGGUUAACAACGCUGGAAUCAACGAGAGUCCUGGAGGAAGCCGCGAAGCGUAUUUGUCGAUGAAGGCUCGAGGUGUCAAUGGCCAUAUUAUACACAUCGGAAGCCACUUGGGUCACGAGGUGGAAGAGCUGGCGCAAAUUUCAAUUUACAGUCCCACCAAAUUCGCCGUUCGAGGACUUACGGAAGCCAUGAGAAUUCAGCUCCGUAAUGAAAAAUCUGGCAUCAGAGUUUCGGGUAUCAGCCCACAUUUAGUUCGGACCAGGCUGACUGCGGACUUGAAUGAAGUUCAAGUUUUUCUCGAAACGGGAGAUAUUGCUCAAGCAGUAGUAUAUCAGUUAGCAGCUCCUCCACAUGUUCAGGUUCAUGACAUCGUAGUACGGCCAAUAUUGGAUUACCAAUAG